AUGUGCGAAGCUGAGGUUUACUACAUCUUUUAUGAAGGGGCGAAUCCGGAAUCUAAGGAUUUAUUAAACUCCUCGAGCGGGGGAAAUUUUACCCAGAAACGAGUAAGUGAGGCCCGAGAGAUUUUGGGUAGGCUAAUCGAUGCUAAGAAGACGUACGAUUCUCCUCGCACCAUCCUUAAGAGGGGGAGUGUAGAAGCAGUAAACGUGAAAAGUGAACACUGGACAAAUGCGAGGAUAGAUAAGCUGGAGAAAGCAAUUCUGAUUGCCUUGGGGAAGAACAAUUCCCCAGACCCAGGAGAGAAGAACAAGCAAACGCCGGGUCCGGAGGAAGUGUACCAGUGCUAUGGUCAGCAAGAAGGAACCGAAACAGAGGGAACCAGAACAGGGGAAGCUGAAACAGGGGAUGUCAGAACAGAGGACGAUGACCAGAGCAGAAAAGUUGAUAAACCAGUACCCCAAGCAGCUGACCAAAAUUUCCCAGGUCCAGGAGUUGAGGCGGAGGUGGAAGAAAUCAGGAGAGAAAACAGAGAAUCUUCCAAGGGAAAUGUCAGACACAAUGAAAGGCAAGUGAAACCCUUUCCCCACAGAGGGGAACUUAGGAAGAAAAAGGAGGAUCCAGCGGACUUCAUGGAAAUUUUUGGGAAGCUGGAAGUUAAUCUACCGUUUCUCCAAGCUUUAAAGCUGCCCAUCUUCAGUAAGUUUAUCAAGGAGUUUAUCGCUGGGAAGACCAAACCCAGCGGCAAAAUAGUGAUUAGAGAAACCGUGUCGGCAGUGAUUCAGAAGAGAAGAAUGCCCUCCAAGCGUACUGAUCCAUGUAUGUUCACUCUCCCCAUUUCAAUUGGGAACAUUAAGGUCGAGCAUGCUAUGUGUGAUCUAGGUGCGUCAAUAAAUGUUUUGCCGCUUUCGCUUUAUAAGAAACUGGAAGGAGUAAGAAUGGUUGAUACGAAGGUGGUAAUUCAAUUAGCUGAUAGGUCAUGCAUCAGUCCUGAGGGCGUGUUAGAAAAUGUAAAAGUUAAGCGGAGUGCUUUUAGGAAGACCAUUUUACGCACUGCUAAGACAAUCAUUGAUGUGUUUGAUGGAACCAUUUGUUUAGAUUAUCAUGGAGAGAAGUUUACUUUUACCAUUGAUGAGGCUAUGAAGAAGCCACUGGACAUAGAAAAUAUGCAUGCUAUAGAUGUGAUUAACCCCCUGGUCCAAGAGUUUCUUGAGACAAAGUUGAUGCAGGAACAGGUGGAAAAUUCAGAAUUAAGUCACUACACUGACAAGGAAGUGGCCAAUUGGUGCGAGGCAGUUAACACACUGGGAAUGACAGAUGAAGAGUUAGUCGAAGCAAUUCUGAAAUUCUGUAAAGAUCCUAAAUCUGCCAAGUCUAAGGGAUCAGCUUGUGUAGCUAAGGUGGAUAAUUUUCCUGAACCUGAAGGAUUAAUCACCAAGGAGGAAUUGAAGACACUGCCCCCAGGCCUCAGAUAUGCUUAUUUGGAAGAGAAUGCAGCGUUCCCGGUGAUCAUCAACAACAAUCUGACCAGGGAGCAGGAAGAGGAACUACUAGAAGUGCUCAGAAAGAAUAAGACAGCCAUAGGAUGUACUCUGUCAGACUUAGUGGGAAUCAAUCCUGACCUCUGCAUGCAUCAUAUUCGCUUGGAGGAAGGAGCGAAACCCCACCGAGACUCACAGAGGAAGUUGAACCCGAAUAUGAGAGAAGAAGUCCUUAAGGAAGUGCUCAAGCUGCUGUCAUUGGGGAUCAUAUACUCCAUUCCCGACAGUAAAUGGGAGGGAAUUUUUCUGGGACACGUUGUCUCGGAAAAGGGUAUUCAGGUGGAUAAGGCGAAGGAAAUAAGGGGAUUUUUGGGCCAUGCUGGAUUCUACCGGAGGUUCAUUAAAGACUUCGCAAAAAUCCCACAACCACUUACCCGCCUCCUGCAGAACGACGUAGACUUCAACUUUGACGAGGCAUGUCAAGGGGCCUUCCAACUUCUGAAAGAGAGGCUUGUAUCAGCUCCUAUCAUCAGAGCUCCAGAUUGGAAUUACCCAUUCGAGGUAAUGUGUGACGCCAGUGACUUUGCAGUCGGAGCAGUCCUAGGUCAAAGAAUUGAAGGGAGGAACUACGUGAUUUUCUACGCAUCGAAAACCCUGAACCAAGCCUAG